GGAUUGUCUAAGCACAUGGUGGAUUGCGAAAGGAUGAAUGACUGUGCGAUCAUUCUUCCGAACGAGGACAACAAGUGGCUCAGCUUUCGUCACUACGAUCGAAAAGAGAGACUUCCGUACGUGGUAUACGCAGAUUUGGAGUGCAUCUUGGAGAAGGAGCGAGAGGAGAGCGAGUGUGUAUCGCGAAGUGUAUUUGCCUAUCAACAUCAUACAGUGUUUAGCGUUGGCUAUUAUGUGCGUUGUGUGCGGGAGGGGGAGGAGACGACGUACAAAUCGUAUCGCGGUGAGGACUGCGUGGCGUGGUUCGCGCGGGAAUUGAACGAUCUUGCGCAUCGCGCGAGGCGAACUCUGACCGCGGUUGUGAGUAUGAUGUCGCUUACGUUAGAUGAGAUGCGUAGUUUUUGGAACGCGGAACGUUGUCACAUAUGCAGAGAGCCAUUCCAGCCGAGUGAUCAGCGCGUUCGCGACCACUGUCACAUAACUGGACGUUACAGGGGUCCGGCUCAUGUGCGUUGCAAUAUAAAUUUUAACAAUUCCUUCGUAAUUCCGGUGUUUUUUCACAAUCUUUCGGGUUACGAUGCGCAUUUCAUUAUCGAAGAGAUUGCCAACGGUUUCGAGGGUAAAGUGGAAUUGUUACCGUUGACCAAAGAAACGUACAUUUCGUUUACGAAACACGUUCAGGGAACGUCGUCGGGAAAGGGACACAAUUGUGUGAAGCUGCGAUUUGUAGACUCGUGUAAGUUUUUAAGCGCCAGUCUCGCGCAAUUGGUGUCGUAUCUGAACAAGAACGAACUGCGAAUAACACGGUCAGCGUUCUCGAAUCUCAACGACGACGAUUUCGAGAUGCUCACGCGCAAGGGUGUGUUUCCGUAUGAGUACGUCGAUAGCGUCGAUCGGUUACGCGAGACAGAAUUACCGCCCCGCGAGGCCUUUUACAGUUCGUUGACUGGCGAGAACGUCAGCGAUAACGACUACGAGCACGCGGUCACUGUGUGGCGACGUUUCCGCAUCGGUAAUCUUGGCGAGUAUAGUGACUUAUAUUUGAAAACGGACGUUUUACUGUUGGCAGAUGUGUUUGAGAAUUUUCGCGACAAAUGCAUGCGGAGUUACGAUUUGGAUCCCGCUCAUUAUUACACGUUACCAGGGUACACGUGGGAUGCGAUGCUAAAAUACACAGGUGUGCGAUUCGAACUGCUGACUGACAUUGAUAUGCUCCUUUUUGUGGAACGCGGUGUACGCGGUGGUCUGAGUCAGUGCUCUCACAGAUACGCGCGAGCCAACAAUAAGUAUCUUCCGUCGCACGAUCCGUUAGAAGCAUCGACGUAUCUUAUGUACUAUGACGUCAAUAAUUUGUACGGAUGGGCUAUGCGUGAAUCAUUGCCGUACGCGCAGUUUCAAUGGGUCGAUGACACCAAUGCGGAAAGUCUAGAUGUAAUGGCUGUGACUGCAGAUUCCGAUAUCGGUUACAUUCUUGAGGUGGAUCUUUCGUAUCCGCGCGAACUCCACGAGGCUCACGCGGAUCUUCCAUUUUGUCCGUUGCGCGCUGCACCUCCAGGCAAGGUCACCGACAAACUAUUAGCGACGCUUUACGAUAAGUCGCGUUACGUUAUACACUAUCGCAAUUUGCAGCAAUGUUUGCGUCAUGGGAUGCGUUUACUUAAAAUUCAUCGCGUUUUACGAUUUGCACAAUCGCCGUGGCUGCGCGGAUACAUCGAAUUGAAUACGAGGUUUAGAAUCGGUGCGAAUAAUGAAUUCGAGAGAACUAUGUAUAAGCUUAUGAAUAACGCGGUGUACGGUAAGACCAUGGAAAAUGUGCGCGAGCACGUUGACGUGCGUCUUGUGACGUGUUGGGAUGGUAUGGCGGUAUGGCGCAGAAGCGCUAAUUGCUAG